AUGGGUUUAGCUUUAUCAAGAAUAUGGAAUCGUCUAUUUGGUAAAAGGGAAAUGAGAAUACUAAUGGUCGGCUUGGAUGCAGCUGGUAAAACAACGAUUUUAUAUAAACUUAAACUUGGUGAAGUAGUAACAACUAUUCCAACAAUUGGUUUCAAUGUAGAAACUGUCGAAUAUAAAAAUAUAUCAUUUACUGUAUGGGAUGUAGGUGGUCAAGACAAAAUUAGACCAUUAUGGAGGCAUUAUUAUACUAAUACUGAUGGUUUAAUAUUUGUUGUUGAUAGUAAUGAUCGAGAUCGUAUUAAUGAUUCUCGUGAUGAGCUUAUGAGAAUGUUAAGUGAAGAUGAGUUACGUGAUGCAUGUUUAGUUGUUUUAGCUAAUAAGCAAGAUUUGCCGAAUGCGAUGAGUGUUACAGAGGUAACUGAGAAGUUACAACUUAGCUCAAUAAGGCAUAGAAAUUGGUAUAUUCAAUCAACAUGUGCUACGACUGGUGAUGGUUUGUAUGAGGGUUUGGAUUGGUUAGCUAGGAAUCUUGAAAAAAUAGCCUCGUAG